CCAUGUAACGCAGUGCAGCAUAUGCAGCACCGUCCGAUGAAUGGCACCGAAUCGCGAAAUCUCAAAUGACGGCCUCGCUCGCCUAUGUCCAAAGAUUCUUUUCCUGCCCCCGAGCAGUUUUUAGUCGCGCCUACAGCAAGUCAAACGCGGAUGCCACUGAGCGACUGCUCAAGAUCAUAGAAAGCAUGCCGAAAGUGCCGACCGCUGCGAUACAGCUGAGAGCGCAGCGCAUCAACGCCAAGGCCAAGAAUGCCAACAAGCCAAAACCUAGGCCGUCUGAAAUAUCGCUGUGGGUUCUGGGCAACGGGGGACCGGCAAACCCACAAUCUCUAUAUGUCAGUACCGAUCAAGGGAGAUACCUUUUCAACUGUGGAGAGGGUACGCAGAGGCUGGCGACCGAACACAAAAUGAAGCUGUCCAAAUUGGAGCACCUCUUCUUCACCCACAAUAAAUGGAAAAACAUCGGAGGGCUCCCUGGGCUGGCUCUGACGGUGCAAGACAUCGGUAUACCAGAAUUCUUCAUCCACGGCCCAGCCAACAUGGAGCAGCUAUUUGAAAUGACCAAAGGAUUCAUGAUGCUGCAGAAUAUAACGAUAACCAAGCGAAACCCUUCGGACAAGGUGUUUUCGGACAACUGCAUGGAGGUUGUCUACGUUCCUUUGUUCCCAGACGAAGCCCUAGAUUCGUCGGAAUCUGAUGAAAAUGGUGUCAAAAGGCCUCGAAGAUGUUCGCAAGAUGACCCUGACAGUGCUCCUGUGGUUGCCUUCAUCUGUAAGCCUCACAGCAGACCCGGCCAACUGAACCUGGAGAAGUGCGUGAGCUUCGGCGUUCCGCCUGGCCCUCUGCUAGGAGAACUGAAGUCUGGCCGAGAUGUGACACUUCCCAAUGGCACAGUCGUCAAGUCGCGUGACGUGGUGUCGCCCGAAGAAGCGGGCCCUGUCUUUAUCGUGGUCGAAGUCCCUUCCGAAGAGUACCUGCAGUCACUGCUGGAGGCCGAGCCGUUCAAAAGUCACCAAGUCACGGCUAGCCGAGAAGAGCACGCAGCCAAAGUGGUCGUCCACUUCACACCAUCGUCUGUCAUGAGGCACCCUUUGUACAUGGAAUGGAUCAAAAGGUUCCCUGCAAGCACGACUCACCUGGUCUUGAAUGAGAGCGCCAGCUCCCUGGGUAGUGUCGCACUACAUCGAGCGCAGCAUCGUCUCCAUCUUUUGAGCUCAUCCAUAUUCCCAUUGUUGAACGUAGAGGAGUCUUCUGGUCUCCCGAAGGAGCUUGCCGAACUCAAUUGCGUUGUAGGUGAAACGUUGUCAAGGUACAAGCUUCGACCAUUUCACGGACUUCAGAGGGACUCUGUCGUCUGCAUCCACCCUGAGGCUUAUGUGCAGGAAGCCCACUCCAGUUAUGGCUUCACCGAGAAGCUAGAGGAGUUGAAGGCUGCUGCUGCAUUGAAGAAAGACGAAGCAGCUGGCAGGCCAUCUCACCCGGAAAUUCUUUUCCUCGGCACGGCGUCCGCGAUUCCCGGAAAAGACCGCAACGUCAGUGCCAUUCUCAUCAAUGUCAGCGAAGACAUGACCGUGCUACUCGACUGUGGCGAAGGCACAUAUAAUCAGCUGGUUAGGUUUUACGGCCUCGAGCGGGCCAGGCACGUGCUGACUCGACUCAGCUGCGUCUUUGUCUCGCACCUCCACGCUGACCAUCACUUGGGUUUGGUCAAGGUAUUGAAAGAAAGACAAUCUGCUUUUGAAAUACUGGGCGUCCCGUACGAGCCUCUUCUCGUGGUGGCCCCUAGGUUCAUGGUGCCAUGGAUGGGCCGUUGCAGCCGGGCUUUCGACACGGUGAUGGAGCUCUUCAGGUAUGUGGACAAUGCGUCGCUGCUCUACGACCAAGAGUCACCGUCUCCUGAGAAGUUGGAGUUGCUGCAGAAAUUAAAGCUUAAGGACUUCAGCACUGUGUUGGUUCUGCAUUGCAAGAAUGCCUACGGUGUCACAAUCACUGCAGAGACGGGCUGGAAGUUGACCUACUCCGGCGACACCAUGCCAUGCGACGCCCUCAUCGAAGCCGGGAAGGGAAGUGACAUUCUCAUUCACGAGGCAACGAUGGAGGACGACUUGGCCGAGGAAGCUGUUAUCAAGACUCACAGCACAACGAGCCAGGCGAUCGAGGUUGGUGAGCGGAUGGGAGCCAAGUUCACCCUGCUGACCCACUUCAGCCAGCGCUACGCCAAGCUGCCCCUCAUCUCAGACAAGUUCCACGGCACUGUGGGCUGCGCUUUUGACCAUAUGCUGGUGCGGCCGAGCGAUUUGCCCGUGCUUCCACUGCUUUUCCCAGCAUUGAAAAGUCUAUUCGCCGAACACUACGAAGAGAUGCAAGAGAAGACAGCAAAGAAGCUACGCCAAAAGGCUCUGCUCAAUGCCUCAACGAAUUCCUCUGACGUUAAGCUCCAAACGUCUGCAUAAUAGCGAUAAUCAAUUUAACUGUGUAGAUAAAGUGUAGUGAAUGCGUGAUGUGUAUGUGAUGCGUUACCAGAAUAUUUGUUUUAUUGACACAUCGUAUGUUGACAGUGUUUCUUAUUUCGUCAUCUUCACGUACAAGAUGUAAAAAAAAUGACGUUGACGAGGAAAUGUUUGAACAAGUAAAAUAAAUGCCGAUACAACCGACCUACAAA